GGGGAGGGAGGAGAGUCUGUGAGUCGUCGUAGAGAUAGCGCUGCGGCUGCGGUGAGAAGUCCGGGUGCCGAACCGCCGGCGACCCUGCUCCGAGGGGGGCCUGGGGCUGGGAAAGAGAGGCCGAAGACGCGUCAGGAGCCGGAGGCCGGAGCCCAGGAGGAAUGUGACCCGGGGUCGGCGGGGGCGCGGGAGUACGCGAGCGCCGGGAUGGGGCAGCAGGUGGGCCGUGUCGGGGAGGCUCCGGGGCUCCAGCAGCCUCCGCCGCGCGGGAUCCGGGGCAGCAGUGCAGCCAGGCCCUCCAGCCGCAGGCGGGACCCGGCGGGGCGCACCACGGAGACCGGCUUCAAUAUCUUCACCCAGCAUGAUCACUUUGCCAGCUGUGUGGAGGAUGGAUUGUUAGGAGACAAGACUGGAGGCGGUAGUCCAGAAGCUUUGCACCGCCCCUAUGGUUGUGAUGUUGAAUCCCAGGCACUGAAUGAAGCUAUCAGAUGGAGCUCCAAGGAAAACUUGCUUGGAGCCACUGAGAGUGACCCUAAUCUCUUCGUUGCACUUUAUGAUUUUGUAGCAAGUGGUGAUAACACUCUCAGCAUCACUAAAGGUGAAAAGCUGCGAGUCCUUGGUUACAACCAAAAUGGCGAGUGGAGUGAAGUUCGUUCUAAGAAUGGACAGGGCUGGGUGCCAAGUAACUACAUCACCCCAGUGAACAGCUUAGAAAAACAUUCCUGGUACCAUGGACCCGUGUCACGCAGUGCAGCAGAGUACCUACUCAGCAGCCUAAUCAACGGCAGUUUCCUGGUUCGAGAAAGUGAGAGCAGCCCUGGGCAGCUAUCCAUCUCCCUCAGGUACGAGGGGCGUGUGUAUCACUACAGGAUCAAUACCACCACAGAUGGCAAGGUAUAUGUGACUGCUGAGAGCCGCUUUAGCACCUUGGCAGAGCUUGUUCACCAUCAUUCCACAGUGGCUGAUGGUUUGGUGACAACAUUACACUACCCCGCGCCCAAGUGUAAUAAACCAACAGUCUAUGGUGUGUCCCCCAUCCAUGACAAAUGGGAAAUGGAACGAACAGAUAUUACUAUGAAGCACAAACUAGGGGGUGGUCAGUAUGGAGAGGUUUACGUUGGUGUCUGGAAGAAAUACAGCCUUACAGUUGCCGUGAAAACGUUGAAGGAAGAUACCAUGGAGGUGGAGGAGUUCUUAAAAGAAGCAGCAGUGAUGAAAGAAAUCAAGCAUCCUAAUCUGGUACAACUCUUAGGCGUGUGUACUUUGGAGCCACCGUUUUACAUUGUGACUGAAUACAUGCCAUAUGGGAAUCUGCUUGAUUACCUCCGAGAAUGCAACCGAGAAGAGGUGACUGCAGUUGUAUUGCUUUACAUGGCCACUCAGAUCUCUUCUGCAAUGGAGUAUUUAGAGAAGAAGAAUUUCAUCCACAGAGAUCUUGCAGCACGUAACUGCCUAGUGGGAGAAAACCAUGUGGUAAAAGUGGCUGACUUUGGCUUAAGUAGACUGAUGACUGGAGACACCUAUACUGCACAUGCUGGAGCCAAAUUUCCAAUUAAGUGGACAGCACCAGAGAGUCUUGCCUACAAUACCUUUUCAAUUAAAUCAGAUGUCUGGGCUUUUGGGGUACUAUUGUGGGAAAUUGCUACAUAUGGAAUGUCACCAUAUCCAGGUAUUGACCUGUCUCAAGUCUAUGAUCUACUAGAAAAAGGAUAUCGCAUGGAACAACCUGAAGGAUGCCCCCCUAAGGUUUAUGAACUUAUGAGAGCAUGCUGGAAGUGGAGCCCUGCCGACAGGCCCUCUUUUGCUGAAACCCAUCAAGCUUUUGAAACUAUGUUCCAUGACUCUAGCAUUUCUGAAGAGGUAGCUGAGGAGCUUGGGAGAGCUGCCUCUUCAUCGUCUGUUGUUCCAUACCUGCCCCGAUUACCUAUACUUCCUUCCAAGACGAGAACCCUGAAGAAACAGGUGGAGAACAAAGAGAACAUUGAAGGGGCACAAGAUGCCAUGGAAAAUCCUGCGUCCAGUUCAGCACCAGGGUUCAUUAGAAGUGCACAGGCGUCCAGUGGGUCCCCAGCGUUGCCUAGAAAGCAAAGAGACAAGUCACCCAGCAGCCUCUUGGAAGAUGCCAAAGAGACAUGCUUCACCAGGGAUAGGAAGGGAGGCUUCUUCAGCUCCUUCAUGAAGAAGAGAAAUGCUCCCACACCCCCUAAACGCAGCAGCUCCUUUCGAGAAAUGGAGAAUCAGCCCCAUAAGAAAUAUGAACUCACGGGGCUUCCAGAGCAGGAUAGGAUGGCAAUGACCCUUCCCAGGAACUGCCAGAGGUCCAAACUCCAGCUUGAAAGGACAGUGUCCACCUCUUCUCAGCCAGAAGAGAAUGUGGACAGGGCCAAUGACAUGCUUCCAAAAAAGUCAGAGGAUGGUACUGCUCCAGCCAGGGAGAGAUCAAAAGCCAAACUAUUGCCCAGAGGAGCCACAGCUGUUCCUCCAAGAGCCCCCUCCGGGGAUCCAGCCAUUACAGAGAAGGAUUCUCCAGGGAUGGGGGUGCCUGGAGUGGCAGCUGCUCCUAAGGGCAAGGAGAGGAAUGGUGGGGCACGACUGGGGAUGGCUGGAGUCCCAGAAGAUGGAGAGCAGCCAGGCUGGUCUUCUCCAGCCAAGGCUGUGGCUGUCCUCCCAACCACUCACAACCACAAAGUGCCAGUCCUUAUCUCACCCACUUUGAAACACACUCCAGCUGACGUGCAGCUUAUUGGCACAGACUCUCAGGGGAAUAAAUUCAAGCUCUUAUCUGAGCAUCAGGUCACAUCCUCUGGAGACAAGGACCGACCCCGACGGGUAAAACCAAAGUGUGCCCCACCCCCACCUCCAGUGAUGAGACUACUACAACAUCCAUCCGUAUGCUCAGACCCUGUAGAAGAGCCAGCUGCCCCAACUGCUGCACAGCCCACUUCAGAAACACAGGAGGGAGGAAAAAAGGCAGCUCCAGGGGCCGUGUCCAGCAGUGGGAAACUUGGGAGGCCAGUGAUGCCUCCACCUCAAGUGCCUCUGCCCACAUCUUCCAUUUCGCCAGCCAAAAUGGCCAAUGGCACAGCAGGUACUAAAGUGGCUCUGAGAAAAACGAAACAGGCUACUGAGAAAAUCUCAGCAGACAAAAUCAGCAAAGAGGCCCUGUUGGAAUGUGCUGACCUACUGUCCAGUGCAAUCACAGAACCUGUGCCCAAUAGCCAACUGGUAGACACUGGACACCAGCUGUUGGACUACUGCUCAGGCUAUGUGGACUGCAUCCCUCAAACUCGCAACAAAUUUGCCUUUCGAGAGGCUGUAAGCAAGCUGGAACUCAGCCUGCAGGAACUGCAAGUGUCUUCAGCAGUUUCUGGUGUGCCCGGGGCAAACCCUGUCCUUAAUAACUUAUUGUCAUGUGUACAGGAAAUCAGUGAUGUGGUGCAGAGGUAGCCACUGUUAGCCUAGUGGGAAGAUGCACACAUUUCUGAGGGGAGAGGAAGAGGGACUUGUUUCUCUGUGUUCUUGUUUUCAAAAAUGAAAGACUGAUACUUGAGUGUGUUUAUGUGAAGUACCUCAGAUCCCUGAGCUCUCACGUUUACAGGUUCAUCUCAAAAAUAACAAAAAGCAAACCACAUAAAUAUAGGAGAAAUAAAUUAGGUGGGGGCAGGGCAGUGGUGGACAAGGUUGGAAACUGCAUUGGGAAAUCAGGGAGCCAUGUGUAUGUCAUAAAGGAGGAAGUGCAGCCCAUCCUUACGUAGAACCAUGUGAGGUGCUGGCUGGACUGCUCUCAAUCAUUCUGCACCACACAAAAGGGACUGACCUGGGGCUCUCGUGGGUUCUAAGGGUGCUUGUGCUCCAAUUUACCUAAUAAAUUUGGGGAACAGAAGAAAGGCUGUUGGAAGUGGCCUUGCUUCCACAGAUCAUUGCUGCUGUAGUAAGAACUGCAAGUCAGAUUGUUAGAAUACAAAACUAGGAAAUGUGUCUGUAUGCUCCUGUACUGUUUCCCAUUGGUGUCUUAGUUGGUGCAGGAAGGAAAGAAUGCUGGGAAGUUUAGUCAGGGAGAUUUUUCAGUCUCCCUCCAAAAAAUCUUAGAUUGAUAAGCAGUCACUUCUAGUCUCUACUAUAUUAUUUCCUAAUGGACCAGGAUCAACUUUCUGCUUGUUGGUGGCUAUCUGUAAACCAUAGGUGUAAGGAUCUCCUUAGUGGUUCUUCUCUGUCUUUUUCUGGACAGGCUGUCUUCCUUUAUUCCUGGCAGCAUUCAGGGGUUUAACUAACACUGAUUUUGAAACUAGUGGUCUUACAGGUUCCCACAGGGGAAGCCUUUCUGAUGCAAUACCCCUGCACAGCUGACUUACUAGUCAAGGACUUGAAUUGUUGUGCAUUUCUUUAUUAACUAAUAUAUUAAGGAGAUAGGCCCUUCUUGAAACUGUAUAGCCAGGCCUGGAAGCCUUAGACUGAAAGGAGAAGCUGGCUUGGACAUAAUAUCUGCUUCUCUGUACCUUUUCCCUCCUUCUCACCAUAAGCCCAAUUUGGGUAGACAGUAGGGAAAGGUAUUCUCUCUCUUUGGGCUUUGACUACAUCCACAUUAUUCUCACAUGCUGUUCUCCACUCACGUAUUUCCCUCACCCCUAUCAUUGUGCUUGUUUGUGAAGUUCAUAUUGGGAAUAUUCUUUAUUUAUUUUGUCAUUUCACCCCUAUUUAAGAUUGCAUAAUUGAAGGAGUAGGUUGCUUUUAGGGAGUACCAGUUAGACUCUGAACACCUAAUGACUUAACCCUAAAUAGGUUUUUUCCUUGAAAAAUAGGCAUUUCCCUUCCCCACUCAGUUAUAAUUAUGGAAACUAAUUAGCAUGGCAUGGAACUGAAUCUUAUGGGUUACAUGUUAUUAAUGUUCUUGGUAUCAGGUCUAAUUCCAGUUAAUACUUUGUUCUUUUUUUAAUGCUUUAUGAAUACUGCAUUCCCCAAAGAGAACCCAAAAUAUUUUGAAUUUCUUUUUCCAAAGGAAUAUUAAUGUAGAAAAAUAGAAGUUUGACUCUAUAAAGUAGUGAGUUUUCUUCCCUGCUCUGUCACUGAUGCACUGCCAAACCACAGCCCAUCUUUUAAUCUGUUAAAUGAAGGUAACAGUACAUGAUCUCAAGGGUGUUUGGCAAAUAAGUGCAUAGCUACCCCUUUGAGAACCUCUCUGGGGAGCUCUUUAGUGCUGUUAUAUUGGAUUUCCAUUCUCCUUUGCCAAGUAGCAGAUACUGAUGAAAUUUAGAACUGUUGAGCUUUUAUUAAUUAGGCUAGAAUACUAAAGGAGAAACUGUUUUGGAUAGAGUUUGGCAUUUUUGACCAAGGAAGAAACUUAGUUUUCAUUAGAAAGAAAGGAAACCUUGGUUCUUACCACUGCUGCUCCAAAGGAGGCUCAGGUUAAAAGAGGAUUGGAAUGGAGAAGAUGGUAAUGAUCAUCCUGGUCGGUACUGGUGAUCCCUGUCAGUGCUGCCUAUGGUUGCAGCACAAGCACCUAGUGAGCGGGUCAUUGCUGUUGUUGUUGGAAAAGAACUUGGGUUUUAAAACCAACAAUCUUCCUCCCACCUUCUUACUGUUGCCCAUCAUCAUUUACAUCCAUAAACUUGAACUUAUUUUGGCAGUUAGUCAUUUAAAGGUGGGGAGGAGAAAGCUAAAUUUUUGAAAUGUUAUGCUGCUUUUUAAGUUUAUCCCUGUCAUUGUGGGAUGUACAUUAAGGGAUUAUAAUUGUUUUCAGGGGAUUUUUUUUUUUUUUAAGCAAGGGCUCUAUUUUUUUUCUUAAGAGUUCUG